AUGGGGGAUAACUGGAAGUACUACGAUGUAGAUGGCUUUAACAAGCGCAAGAGAGAGCAAGGAAACACGUACAGGAUCCCGCCCCGGGCGAACUUUCUGCUCGCGGCAAACUACAUCAAGAAUUUUCUCGAUGGAAAGAAGUUCAACUGGGCCGCCAUGGGCGGUCUGGCAAUGCUCUGCCUGGGAUCGCGGCGUGAGAUGCUGGAUAUCCACAUAGUAUACGAUGACAGGGACUUCCAGCGCAUCAGAGCAAAGUUAGAGGGGGAUCAACGAGUGCGAUUACCCAAGGGUAUGAACUCGCUUUUCCCCUCGAAGCUCCUCAUCGCGACCGGGCCUAAAUACAACGACGCUGGUUGCACGGAGAAUGCAGAAGUUGAAGUGGAUCUGGUACCCCCGGGAUCACACGGUUCUCCACCGAACGAUGUACUGCGCAAUAACCAGGUUAUGCUGCGCCUGAGCCGUGACGGCAGAUCGGAGAACUUUAAGGGCUUAAACAUGCUCUACCUAAUGAAGACUACCGUCUAUUAUUGCAAGAGUCCAGAUCUAGUAUGGGACCCCAGGAAGGAUGUGGUAUUCCUAUGCCAGAACUACGGAAAGGAGAUCGAGUCGAUCCGGACCCGUCUCAACGCUCGAGAAAUCCAGGAAAACUUUCUAGGCACCUCGUUCUUUAGCAGGCUGCCAUCCGACGAACAGCGUCGAUGCCACCUCAUCUUGCUGGGUAAAGAGCCACCGCCGACCAUGUCCGUGACCCCGCCCGUACCAUAUCCGGGUCAUCGGCCGUCUGCUUCGGCGUCUGAUCCACUCACGAGACCACGCAUACCCUCUCACAAAUCUUCUCCCUCGCUCAACAACGCCGUGCGGCAAUCCUCGGGCCUCUUAACCCCGCCGCUUCCUGGUAAAGCGAAGGCGGGUCCAGUUGUCCCUGAGAGCACGCCACCUACACAAACUACUGCGCCAUCUGCUCCGACAACCCAAGAUCCAGUCCCCUCCGCCACCGGCAAAGAUUCUCGUUCCAGAUACCGUCACGCAAGUGCUCCGAACACACCAAAUGCGAGCAGGAACGGAAGCCCAGAAUCGAACGUUCCCGGUGCGUCAAGGCCUAAGUCCAUGGAACCUCGUGCUCCACAGCAGCAACCUGCCACUCCUUCCUACAAGAUGCCGCAGACCGGAACCCAAAAUGUUGCCUACGUUGGACAUAUCUUGAAACCGCAGAUGCUUUCGGGCCUGACUGCGCCGCCCAUGGGCGCGCGUCCCCAAAAAUCCAUGCCAGACUUGAAGGGUCGCUUUACCGGUACGGUUCCAGUCUACGCCCAUGGACAACAGACAAUUCCUCCCGUUCCCCGAGGCCAUUCGAUCCCGUCUCCACCAGACUCUUUUGCGGUGCCGCUUGCGGGUUCGGCGGCAGCCAAGCGCACACUACCCCAAGGACCGCCCCAAGGACCGCCCCAAGGACCGCCUCAAGGAUCGCCUUAUAUAUCGCAGAAGCACGGUGCAUUCAGGCCAGCAGGUACAAGUGUUUCCCAUAUGGGUCCACAGCCAAUCGCUACUCAGAAUAGACCCUCGCAUGGAACUCAGCAGCAAUCAGGCAAAAGCCAGGGAAGGUACUACGUAAACUCCACAGAGCCUGGACCAAGACCCAACUACGCUGGUUCCGACGUUCCUUCGUCGGAAGGCUUGCGGGUUAUUGGGUCAGAACAUUUAUACGCUGCUUCACAGAAGACUGGCCCCCAGAAUCCCCGAGGCCGGCCUGUAACCUAUGAUCCAACGGAGAAACCGCGAGCGAGAUCGGCAGAGCACAAGACCAUGCCAAGCCAGAAGAAUUUCGUUUUUGAACUCGAUGCAAGUCCUCCAAUAACAGGGUCUGCCCCUCAGGGAUUUGGACCUCAAGGAUUCAUCGCAGAGCUACCUGCUGAAGUGGAUGUGCGUGGCCCGACAAGUCAAAACCCGACCCCUCGCAGUCACUUCGAACCGAGUCCACCUCAAGCAGCAGCACAACUUGUUUCCACUCUACACAAGAGCUACGAGGAUUCUCCAGUAAGCCCGCCUCUCGAUUAUGUUGUCCCGGCGCCGCUACAACCCAGACCACAGACGGGUCCUGUUGUUCCGCCCUCGCAGCCCGCUCCAUUCGAUGGACUUCCCGCUAGCUUAAUGAUCGGAGGACUGGGGCCUAGACGUCAUUCUCCUAGCAAUUCGUCCUCCCAACUACAUGCGCAACCCAUACAACCAGAGUCCAAUGCGAAGAAGUACCAGCGAUACUACUCACCUCCUGUAUCAGCGCCCAGCAGCACGCAUCCUUCCCCAAGGCAUUCCCCAAGGCAAGCCCCAGUCUCAGAGUAUGAAGCUUAUUCAGGUCCGAUCAGCCCCCCAACGCAGCCCGCCACAGCUCCGGCCCAGCUCCAAAACUCCUCUUCGAUGGCACAAGUCCAUGCUGCUCCGAUGCUAGCAGCAGCACAGCCACACGCUCCUUCGCCCGCCCGCCCUGCAAACGUGUACGCUUCCCAUCCCAAUGUGCUAAAAGUAGCACCUGGACCGCGGGGCGAGCAACCACUACAGAAAACCAUGCCUUUCCAGCUUCCAAACCCGCUUGGAGCGAACCCGCCGACGCCGCCCGUUGAAUCUCUCACAAAGCACGAUUCACAUCAAAAUCACAGAGAACAUGCCAUGAAGGGAGGACUUGCCGGCGUGAGCGUAGGAGUCGCGGGCGGAACAGGUUACGCAACAUACUCGUACCACUCAAGUGAGCAAGCCACACAGUACCAAUCCGGUGACGAAGUGCGGUAUGUCCCGUUCGGGGCCGCCGCGCAAGAGCAGCAACACCCCUACGCAACCCAGAUCCCAUACGCACCACCACAGCCGGCUCCUCGUCCUGCACACGAAGCCAACCAUCAGCGAAGCAUCUCGCACGACUCGCACACCUCCACCACUUCGCAAGACUCGGCGAAGCUAGCUCAAGAGUACCAAAUGGACCUUCCUGACUUCAAUCGCGGCUACGGCUCCGGCUCCGACCACCACUCUCACACGGAUGAAUAUGAUUUUACAUAG